UGUCAAUUGUCAUAGAAAUUUACGUGUGGUUUGUGCAUUUUGUAAAUUAAAUACAAAUUUUGGCUAAAAUGGAUGAAAGUAACUUCGAACCAUUAGAGCCUUCUCUAAAGAAUGUAAUCGAGCAAACUUCUUUACGAUGGAUAUUUGUUGGUGGAAAAGGUGGCGUGGGUAAAACUACAUGCAGCUGUAGUUUGGCUGUUCAACUUUCGAAAGUUCGAGAGUCGGUUUUAAUAAUUUCCACGGACCCUGCGCACAAUAUAUCCGAUGCUUUUGAUCAAAAGUUCUCGAAGGUCCCGACAAAAGUGAAAGGUUUUGAUAAUCUAUUUGCUAUGGAGAUAGAUCCUAAUGUGGGUAUAACAGAGCUGCCCGAAGAGUAUUUUGAGGGAGAGACGGAAGCAAUGCGUCUCGGCAAGGGCGUCAUGCAGGAGAUUGUUGGGGCGUUCCCCGGCAUUGAUGAGGCUAUGAGCUAUGCGGAGGUGAUGAAGUUGGUGAAGGGUAUGAACUUCAGUGCUGUAGUGUUUGACACUGCACCGACUGGUCACACACUCCGACUGCUGUCAUUCCCACAAGUUGUUGAGAAGGGACUUGGGAAGCUUCUCAAUUUGAAAUCCAAGGUGGCGCCAUUUAUAAACCAAAUGGCCACAUUAUUUGGUCUGGCAGACUUCAACUCUGAUAUAUUCAGCAACAAAAUGGACGAAAUGUUGAGUGUGAUCACACAAGUUAACACACAAUUCAAGGAUCCAAAUCAAACUACGUUUGUGUGCGUGUGCAUUGCGGAGUUCUUGUCGUUGUACGAAACAGAGCGGCUCGUUCAGGAGUUGACCAGAUGUGGUAUUGACACGCACAAUAUUAUUGUGAAUCAGCUGUUGUUACGUACAUCAGCCCCGUGCGAACUCUGCGCAGCCAGACACAAGGUGCAAGAGAAGUACCUAGAGCAAAUCGCAGACUUAUACGAAGACUUCCAUGUAACGAAACUGCCGUUGUUAGACAAGGAAGUCCGAGGCGCAGCCGCCGUCUCGUUCUUCUCGGAAUACCUGAUCAAACCAUAUGUUCCACCAUCAUAGAGUAUUAGGUUUUAGACAAUAUGGGUUAGGGAAAUAUAGACUUAUGUCAGCUGCAAUGUGUUUAUGUAAAACAUUUUUUUGAUAUUUUUAGUUGAUUUGCUUUUCGUUGUAUUAUA